AUGGCAAAUAUUGUUAUGUCUGUUGUAAGUAGUGUGGGUAAAUAUUUGGUGGAACCAAUAAUACCCGAAAUACAAUACUUCUUCUGUGUUGAUAAAGUGAUCAAAGAUCUUGAGAAGGAAAAGAAGGAGCUAACAUCUGAGAGAGAUAACUUGCUAAAUCGUAUUGAACGAGCCAAGGAGAGGACUGAAAUAAUUGAAAAAUCUGUAGAGAAAUGGUUGAAUGAUGUGCAAAAUAUCCUAGAAGAGGUGGAGGAUCUAGAGAUAAAGAUGAACAUAGACAGUAGUUGCUUUCAUGGAUGGUGUCCAACUUGGAGAAGAUAUCUUUUAUUGAAGCAAAUGGUUGAGAAAACAAAGGCAAUGGGAGAAUUCAAAGACAAGAGCAAUAUUCAACCAUUUUCACACCUUGCUCCACUUCCAGGCAUUCAAUAUGAGUCAUCCAAGAAUUUCACAUAUUUUGAAUCAACAAAAAUGGCUUACAAUCAACUCUUAGAGGCUCUCCAAGAUGAUUGCAUCUUUAUGAUCGGAGUGUAUGGGAUGGGUGGAUCAGGAAAAACAACUCUUGUAAAAGAAGUUGGCAAGAAUGUUGAGGGAUUGAAAUUGUUUGAUACGGUUUUAUUAAUUACAGUGUCUCAAACUCCAAACAUUAAAGACAUUCAAGGGAAAAUAGCUGACAUGUUAACAUUGAAAUUGGAGGAAGAAUCUGUGGUGGGAAGAGCACAACGUCUAUGGCUCAAGCUGAAAGAAAAGAAACAAGUUCUUAUAAUAGUAGAUGAUAUAUGGGAAGAGUUUGAACUAAAGGAUAUAGGGAUUUUCCUAGACAACGAUUACAAGGGUAGAUGGAAGGUCCUUGUAACCACUCGUCGUCAAGAAAUAUGUGAUUUAAUGGAUUGUCAAAAGAGGAUUCAUUUGAGUCUCUUAUCUGAAGAUGAAUCUUGGACUUUGUUUCGGAAGUGUGCAAAUAUUGAUGAUGGCUUCUCUAGGUCAUUGGAUGAUGUACCUCAAAAACUUUGUCUUGAAUGUAAAGGACUCCCCAUAGCACUAGUAGCCAUGGGGUCUUCCCUAAAAGGAAAAUCUAAUGAUGAGUGGAAGUUGGCAUUACACAGCUUGAGGCAUUCAGAGGAAAUUGAUGAUCACAUGGAAGAAUCAAUGAGAGCUGCUUUAAAUUGUCUUAAAUUAAGCUAUGACUACUUAAAAAAUAAAGAAACAAAAUUGUUGUUUUUAUUGUGUUCUAUAUUCCCAGAUGACUAUGAGAUUUUGAUUGAAGAUUUGAGUCGAUAUGCAUUUGGACUUGGUUUGGGAAGAAGACUUCCAUUAGAGUUAGCAAGGAGCCAUAUCAAAGCAAGCAUUAACAAACUUUUAUAUUCUAGUUUGUUGAUACAAAUUGAGGAACACAAAGAUGAAGAAUAUGUGAAGAUGCAUGACAUGAUUCGUGAUGUAGCCUUGUGGAUAGCAAAGAGAUCAAGGGAUCACAAAAUUUUGGUAAAUCUUGAAAAACCACUUAGCAUCUUGGUGGAGGAUUAUAGUAUAAGAGAUUAUUUUGCCUUAUCCUCUUGGUAUUGUGAAGAUCAAAUAUCUUUUCAAUUGGAUGCUCCGAACCUUGAAUUCUUUUUACUAAAUAAUGUGACUCAAAGUUCCUUGAAUUUAUCACAUGGAAUGUUUGAAGGAAUACAAGGGCUCAAGGUUCUUUCACUUGAAACCUAUGAUCAACUAUCAUUAACAUUCCCUCAAUCAACACAAUUUUUGACCAAUCUCAGGACUCUACAUUUGCAUGGAUGGAGUUUAGGUGACAUUUCUUUCAUAGCAAGCUUAACAAGACUCGAGGUCCUUGACUUACGACGUUGUAGGUUAAUUGAACUUCCUAAUGAAAUAGGGAAAUUAAAAAGAUUGAAGCUACUAGAUUUAUCAAGCAGUUAUAUUCAAGAACCUUAUAAUGAGGCAAUUGGGAAGUGUUCACAACUAGAGGAGUUAUAUGUUCCAGAAUAUAAUCGAGAUUAUCUUUCUCAAGGAGUUGUUGAUAUCAUUGCAUUACAAAAGCUGCAGAGGUUUGUCAUACAUACUACAUCAUUCAAAAACAAUAGUAAUAUUAAUGUGAAGAGUAAGAGAAUUUUGGAAUUGCUAGACUUUAAUAUCUCAAACUUAGGAACCUCAAAAAAGAAUCUUCUUCAAAUUGCUGAGAUUAUUUUUUUGCGAUGCCUUCAUGGAGGGUGUAAGAAUAUCAUCCCAGACAUGAUAGGAGUUGUGGGAGGCAUGAAUGAUUUGUAUAGUUUCCAUCUUGAUAAUUGUGAAGAGAUAGAAUGCAUCUUUGAUACAACCUCUAAUUUUGAUAAUGUUGACUCAAAUGCUUUGAUUCCAAGAUUGGUUGAGUUAGAGCUUUUAGAGUUGGAAAACUUGAAAGAAUUGUGUCGAGGUCCACCAAUGCAAGUUUUGCACUUUUUUGAAAAAUUAGAAAAACUCUUUAUAUGGAGGUGCCAACAAUUGCACAACAUCUUUCCAGAUGAAUGCAACUUACAAAAUCUUAAGAUCCUCAUAAUACAAAAUUAUGGUCGAGAUUAUAACUAUUGCACAGCAAAUGAAGUACUUUUCUCAGUGCCUGUUGCACAAAGUUUGCAACAAUUAGAAGAGUUAACUAUUCAAGGUUGUGAUAAAUUGAAGCAUAUAGUUGCAAGUGAAAGAAAGCAGGGUUCUAAUUCUAGCAUUGAGAUAGUUCCAACUGAAAGGAAUUCUCAUUUUGUGAUGCCGAAUUUAAAGAAAGUCUGCAUUUCAUUUUGCAGCAAGUUAGAGUAUGUGUUCCCAAUUUGCUAUGCUGAAGGACUUGCACAACUACAACAUGUAGAAAUAGUAAUGGCUUCUAAGUUGAAAUAUGUAUUUGGUGAAUGUGAUCAUGAAGAUCAUUCAUCUAACCAUUAUGAGAACAAGAUUAUUCUUCCUCAUUUGGAAGUUCUUACACUCAUCAAUCUUCAAAAUCUUGUUAGGAUUGGUGUUGUAAACCAUCUUGUAAAUCGGUCAUCUCAAAGGGUGGUGCUUACAGUGGUGCGUUGUCCAAAAUUGACCCUUUGGAUGAGAUAA